AUUUAGUAAUUAACUCUUGCUUCGUGCAGCACUGUUCAGGAACAGACAGCUCAAUUGUCACAGCAGACCAUCUGGCUACACGUUCUGUAUGCAAAUAAUCCUCUCAUCUACUACAACUGUGCGAUUCCCGAACCUGAAAUGACCACCUAGUAUUGUAUCAGAAAUUAAAAUUUAUUUCCAGAAGUUUUCACUUCAACAUUAUAUCAUAACGUAGGCUUACAGAUGCAAACUUUCCUCGACAUACUGCAACGUAAGCGACGUAACGAAAAUAUGACCUUCGUAUAUAGUAGCCCGUUUAUAUCGCGUGCGGCUGCUUGAUAAAACGAUUUUGACGCAUCACAGUUUCACUCUGACAGUUUAUAACAGUGCAAGCAUAACGCAUCAAAACUUUAUAUUUAAACGCUUCAAUAGUUAAGUCAAGGUACGGUUGGAGAAAGAUUUUACAAUGGAUUUUACAAUUCUUUAGCAUGAGGAAGUUACGCAACUGUCACGUGAGAAUCCUAGACUUUGGUCCAAAAUCCAUCUUCAUCGACGAUGAACUUGAACGUUCGAACGAAACUUCAACAGCACUUUCUUUGUACCAGUUAUAAUUUGUACAGAAGUGGAGAGCAAUUUCUUGUUUAUGUAGCUCGCACAGUUACCACAACAAACUAUCACACGACCUAUAUAUUACUCAUUUAUUUUGCUUGAAAUCUAUAUAUAUAAUUUUUCACGGGUUUAUUUCAUGCCUGCACAGGAGUCAAGUUUUAAGUUUUACGUGCUGAUGUAUGGUGAUCGCCUGUCAACUUAGCGAGAAACUUUCUUUCGAGAGAUAUCUACUGGUAAUUAAUUUUUCGAUGAGCAAAUCUUCGGCGAAAAAAUAUUUUCGAGGUACGCAGAUGUAAGCCAAUAAAACGCGAGUUUAGAACAAUGUCAUUUUCUUAUGACUAAUAUUAGAAGUGAUGCCAUUGGUGGAUGUGGUACCAACAUGGCGGCCUGAUACAUGAUCAAUAUGACGUCUCGUCUCCCGUAUAUUUUGACGUGGCUGGCCUGAUAUUGAUCUAGCCGUAUGGAAUGUUCAAACAGACCGUUAUGCGAAACACGACCAUUGAGUACAUCAGAAUGGGUGAUCUUGCGAAUCCUUUGUCAGAUAAUGCUGAGAAUUUAGCUGAAGAAAAUUUUUCCAACUCAUUUGAGCUAAGUGCAGAAAUGGACAGUAUCGGCAGCGAAAAAAAGAGAUUUGCUCCCAAAAGAGAUAUAGCAAGCACAUACUUUGAUGAAAGGAUCCCCAUUCCACGAGGUGAAGAUGAGUACAAAUUCAGUUUUCGUCGUUUGUGGGCCUUCACUGGUCCUGGCUUCUUGAUGAGCAUAGCAUACCUUGAUCCUGGAAACAUUGAGUCAGAUCUUCAGUCAGGAGCUGUGGCAAAGUUCAAGUUACUCUGGAUCCUUAUGUGUUCAACAUUCAUGGGGCUUUUAAUGCAGAGACUGUCCCUAAGGCUUGGAACUGUAACAGGUAUGCAUCUUGCGGAGGUCUGCCACGAGAAGUACCCUAAGAUACCGCGCAUCAUUCUCUGGAUCAUGGUCGAGAUUGCAAUCAUUGGCAGUGACAUGCAGGAAGUCAUUGGAACUGCGAUAGCUUUUAAUCUUUUGUCCGAUGGAAAGAUACCUCUGUAUGGUGGUGUUCUGAUCACAAUUACUGACACGUUUAUUUUCCUGUUUCUUGAUAAAUAUGGUCUUAGAAAGCUGGAAGCAUUCUUUGCAUUUUUGAUAACAGUGAUGGCAGUGUCAUUUGGGUAUGAGUAUAUAAAAGUUAAACCAGAUCAGGGUGAAGUCAUGAAGGGCCUGUUUGUACCAUGGUGUGAAAACUGUGACAGUGACAGUAUUUUACAGGUAGGAACAUGUUUGAUGAAGUUGCGAAUUUGUUGCAAGUUAUGGGUGUAUGUAGUCAAUAUUGGUAUAAAUCUACUAGUGUUCUAUCACAAAUGCUGUUCUCUGAUUUUUGUUGUGCAGGGCUUCUUGAAGAUUUCCUGGGCAAGAUGGAAGCGUGUGCUGUUUACAAGAUCAAUUGCCAUUGCUCCUACACUUUUUGUAGCGUUUUACGAAGGCGUUCAAGAUUUGACUGGAAUGAAUGACUUUCUUAAUGUGUUGCAGAGUUUGCAGCUCCCUUUUGCUCUGAUUCCGGUGCUACAAUUUACUGGAGAUCAAACUAUCAUGAAAUCCUUUAAGAACGGAAGGGUAAUGCAAGGUGUAGCUUGGUUAAUGUCCGUUCUGGUCAUAGGAAUUAAUAUGUUUUUUGUUGCUGAAUAUGUGUCUGAAAUACCACCAAACGCAGGUUACUAUAUUCUGGUUGGGUUGUAUCUUCUCUUCUACGUUACCUUUCUGUUGUUACUGGUUUACUUUGCGCUUGGGUUCACCUUUCUGGACUUUAUAAAGUAUUUACGAAGACCUGAGCCAUACGAAAUUCAAGAAGACACAGACAGUCAUGCUUACCGGGACGAAAACCCAGUCAUGACUCCGGACUAAUGAACUCUUCCAGUGGCGCUGUAAACUGCGGUACUGGCGCCAUUUGCCUGUCUCCACAAGUACUAGUGUAACCAUCUUAGUCAGCUUCAACGAAUUGAUUUCAGAAGUCAUGCAACGCAAUUUAAAGGGAACUUUCACGCGGUUAAAUUUACUAUUUUGUCCCGCAUAUUUAUGAACCUAUGCACAGACCUAACGUUAAGAAAUUACAAUGCACAAUUUUAAAAGAAGUGUAGUGUUACGUCGCGUACAUAAUUUGAAGAGAAUAUUAUAUAAUGCAGGUUUGAGAGGUUGUAGACAAAUUUUGCAGCAGCCAAAACAGUUUUCUAAUUGGAAAAAAUGAAACUAUUUUUAUUGUUACGUUGUUACUCGUUUGAUUUUUACGUGUUAUUUUUUUUGUUUUGUUUUGUUUGUUGCUAUUAUGACUUCCUCUCUUGAAGGUGACUGGGAACAGUUUCCAGCACUUUCCAGCAGUUAUACUUUGAUGGAUCAAUACUACCACUUUUUAUCAAGUGAUGCUACAAUUUUGGUUUCAGACAAACACUCACUCAUUGGUAAACAAGUUUUGGUCAACCUCGUGACAUCAUUGGUUGCCAAAGCAACAGAGCAAUUUUAUCUUAUAGCUCGAAAACGAGCUUGGCACCCCCUGUUUUCCUAAAAGAGGCACCGUAAGUCUUCAAAAAUUUAAGGUGGUCCUGAGCUCUCACUUGGCAGAUUUUCUGUCUCCAGUUAGCCAGCUGACGGAUGCUGACUUAGUGGGGCCAAUAAGCCACACAAAAAGUGGUAGUAUUCAUUCAUCAAAGUAAAAGGGAUGAAGAAACUGUUGCCAGCUAUCUUAGGCACUCGGCUCGAUCAUAUUCAUUCUUUCUUAACGCCCGACUAAUUAUUUCCCAGAGACGUCAGCGUUAGGCGAAGCUACUAGGUCAAUCAUUGAACGAAGAGACGAACUAAAUUGCAAUUUGUGUCGAUUCAAACGGGUGAAGGUCGACCGUUGGGUCAAACGUCGAGCUUAACUCGAAUUUAGAUCGACCAACACGUUCCAUCCGUUUGCUUUAGACGUACAGAACGUGUUGGUCGAUCUAAUGCUGUGCGUCUGUUCAGUAACUGAUCACAGAUGACGUCAAAAUAUGGUAUGAACAAAAAAGUGGCACACGAGCCGUUUGGUUAGUGUGUCACUGAUGUUCUUACCACAUUUUGAUGUCUUGGUGAUCUAUCACUGAACAGACUCAUGCCAACAUGGAAUCUAUCUGUUUUAUGUAAUAAAGAAACAAACACAAAUGUUAAUGACGUCAUCUUAACGUCUGUCCUUAAAUGAAACAUAGUAAGAACUAAUCAAAAGACUUGAUGUGUAAUGUAACUUAGAUUUGACUUGAACUGUUUAAUUACAAGUAAUAGUUUCUGUUGGCUAAGACAACGUUGGGCUUGUAAAGGAUUGGUUUGUAGCGCCAAACCUAGCAUUGAAAUAGUUUCUUAAUAGUUAGUUAAAAUUGAUGUAGAGCAAUGUAACGAAGCAAUCACCUUCCUAAUGACGAAAUGUUUUGAUAUAUUAAGAGUAUUUUUUAGGUAAAAUAAAAGAUGCAUCAAGUGAA